CGGCGCUCACCUCCUCCCUUCCGGACCUAUCUCGUGCUCAUCGAUCUUGACCUACCCAAACCCCCAAAGCUCCAGUACGACCCAAUAAAAAUCUCACCUUGCCUCCGCUCUCCUCUGCCCUAGAGCUGACGUCGCCGCCGCAGCAGCUUAGCUCGCGCCGUCGUCUCACGCCUCACACGCGCCGCCGCCUCGGCUUCCGUUCCCCACCCCGUAGCGUCCGCCGGUCUCGGGGUUUCCGAGGUGAAUACGGAGCUUGAAGUCUGUGCAUGAAGUAGGACAUCAUGGGUGAUAGUUCAAAUUCAAAUGUGCAGAUGGCCGAGGAACUCAAACUUAAGGCAAACGAGGCCUUCAAGGCGAACAAGUUUUCUCAGGCUGUAGAUCUAUAUGACCAAGCUAUUGAGCUAAAUAGUUCCAAUGCGGUUUAUUGGGCAAAUCGCGCAUUUGCACAUACCAAGCUCGAGGAAUAUGGAAGUGCGGUCCAGGACGCUACAAAAGCUAUUGAGAUCGAUCCCAAAUAUUCAAAGGGUUAUUAUAGACGAGGAGCAGCACAUCUUGCUAUGGGAAAAUUCAAGGAAGCCCUGAAAGAUUUUCAGCAGGUGAAAAGAAUCUGUCCUAACGAUCCAGAUGCUACAAGAAAGUUGAAAGAGUGUGAGAAAGCUGUCCAGAAAAUCCGUUUUGAGGAAGCAAUUUCUGUAGGGGAAGUAGAAAGGCACUCUAUAGCAGAUUCUCUUGAUUAUCAUACAAUAGAGGUUGAAUCACAGUAUACUGGAGCGAGAAUUGAUGGAGAUAUAAUAACAUUAGAUUUCGUCAAGCAGAUGUUGGAUGAUUUCAAAAGGCAAAAAUGUAUACAUAGAAGGUACGCACUUCAGAUUGUGUUGCAAGCACGGGACUUGCUGCGAUCAGUGCCUUCCCUUGUCGAUGUGAAUGUUCCUGAUGGUUGUCAUUUUACAGUCUGCGGUGAUGUUCAUGGCCAGUACUUCGAUCUGCUAAAUAUAUUUGAGCUCAAUGGGCUUCCUUCUGAAGACAACCCUUACCUUUUCAAUGGAGAUUUUGUGGACAGAGGAUCAUUUUCACUCGAAAUCAUACUUACUCUCUUUGCAUUCAAGUGCCUUUAUCCAACAGGUAUGCAUUUAGCAAGAGGAAACCAUGAAAGCAAGAGCAUGAACAAAAUAUAUGGUUUUGAGGGAGAAGUGAAGUCCAAAUUGAGCGAUACGUUCGUUGAGCUGUUUGCGGAGGUAUUUUGUUGCUUGCCUCUUGCUCAUGUAAUCAACAAGAAGGUCUUUGUAUGUCAUGGGGGUCUCUUUAGUGUUGAUGGAGUGAAGUUAUCUGACAUCAAGGCCAUUGAUCGUUUCUGUGAGCCUCCUGAAGAAGGUUUAAUGUGUGAAAUCCUAUGGAGUGACCCUCAGCCUCAGGCUGGGAGAGGCCCAAGCAAACGAGGUGUAGGGCUUUCCUUUGGUGCAGAUGUGACAAAGAAGUUUUUGGACGAUAACAAUCUAGACCUUGUUGUCCGAUCCCAUGAAGUGAAGGAUGAAGGGUAUGAGAUCAUGCAUGAUGGAAAGCUCAUCACUGUUUUCUCAGCUCCUAAUUAUUGCGACCAGAUGGGCAACAAAGGUGCAUUUAUUCGGUUUGUUGCACCAGAUUUAAAGCCAGAUAUUGUCAGUUUCUCGGCAGUGCCACACCCUGAUGUUAAGCCGAUGGCCUAUGCGAACAAUUUCCUCCGGAUGUUCCAAUAGCAGCUGGCGGCACCUCUGUGUGGCCAAUUUUGAUAUGCUAAACUUCUCUCUGCCCAGCUCAUUUCAUACCAAGUUCCAUCCAAGUCUUGCCCUGAGCAGCAAAUAUUUUGCACCCUUUGUUAAAUUAUUGGUACUAGCAGUGAUUUAGAUGUAUGCGUAGUUGUACACUGUGUUCUCGUCUAUGUGAUCCCCUUUAUAUCUCCAGUACAUUCGUCCCUUAGGAUUCUGCUGCUCUGUUCAGCUUUCACGGUGCUGACAUUGAGGAAUGGUGCUAUCGUGCUCAUGAUAUCUUUUGUGGAUUGUUGUAAUGUUCAA